ACCGGUGAGUAGGAGCACACUCCGGCCACGCCACGCAGAGAUACGGAGAGUGAGUAAAAGAGGAGGCAAUGGGCGUCGACUACUACAAGAUUCUUCAGGUAGACCGAAAUGCCAAAGAUGAUGAUCUCAAGAAAGCCUAUCGGAAGCUUGCCAUGAAGUGGCACCCUGAUAAGAACCCUAACAGCAAGAAAGAGGCUGAAGCUAAAUUCAAGCAAAUCUCCGAGGCUUACGAUGUUCUGAGUGAUCCACAAAAGCGAGCAGUAUAUGACCAAUACGGUGAGGAGGGAUUGAAGGGACAGGUGCCACCCCCGGGUUCCGGAUUUUCAGGUGGUCCUGAUGGCGGUCCAACUAUGUUUCGGUUCAACCCCAGGAGCGCAGACGAUAUAUUUUCAGAGUUCUUUGGGUUUUCCAGUCCCUUUGGUGGAAUGGGUGAUAUGGGUGGUCGAGCUGGUGCUUCUGGGUUUCCUCGUGGUAUGUUCGGCGAUGAUAUAUUCACUUCAUUUAGGAGUGGUGCUGGAGAGGGCUCUGGAAAUAUGCCAAGGAAAGGUGCACCCAUCGAACGAAACCUGCCAUGCAGUCUGGAGGAUCUGUAUAAAGGAACGACGAAGAAGAUGAAGAUUUCGAGGGAUGUUACCGAUCCCAGUGGGUGAGCUGUCUGCUUUAAUCCCCUUACACGUCAUUAUUAUUUAUAUUUCUAAACAAAGGGAGAGAAAUAUUGCACCACGAGAUUUUUACUUGAAAUAUGCUAGUGAUUGGACCCCAAAAACCAAGUACAGUUUGAUGCUUUGUGCAAAUGAAUCUGUUGUGUUUAUUUGCUUAUUUGUCUCACUGUUUGAUUUGAAGCUUUAACGGGCAGAUUCAUUUAUUUAUU